AUGGUAGAACCAGUCUAUCGGAUCGCGCCGAAUUGUCAAGGAGCUAAGUUUAUCGUAUCAAGAGGUGGUCGGAGAGAUCCGAUUCUUAGCUGCCGGAUCUGGUUAAUGGGCGCAGUAAUGGAGAAGUUCGCGGUGAGAGGUGACUACUCCGAGUAUCCGAGCGAGAUAUCUCAAAUAAUGAACGGCCUCGAAAUCUCCCCGUUUAUUACUGAGCUCCCCAAAGUCGAGCUUCACAUCCACAUCGAAGGAACCCUAACCCCUGCCCUACGCUGGAAACUAGCCCACCGCAACAACAUCCCAUUACCCUAUGCCACAUACGAAGAACUCCUCGACUCCUACAAAGUAACAUACAACCACCGCCGAGAAGUCAACGGCGACAAUGGAGCACCGACGUUCCUCGAAGCUUACUUUGCGGGUUGUCAAGUCCUAUGCACAGAAGAGGAUUUUUACGAAUUGGCAAUGGACUACUUCCGAAAGGCGCGGGAGAUGAAUGUGCGGUACGUCGAGCCGUUUUUUGAUACUCAGGCUCAUACGAAGCGGGGUAUACCUGCUUCGGUGGUGAUGAAUGGAUUUCUGAGGGCGAAACAUGAUGGUGCGAAGUUCUACAAUGUCCGAAGUAAUUGGAUAUUCUGUUUCUUGCGUGAUGAGUCGUUAGAAAGUGGUCUUGAAGCAUACCGGACAGCAAGGCCGUGGGCAAAGACCAAGGACGGUAAAGGGAAAGGCCUGUUUCAUGCCGUUGGGCUGGCGAGUAAUGAAUACGACCGUCCACCAUUACUUUUUGAAGAGGGGUUUCGAUUGGCGAAAGAGGAUGGGCUGCAUGUCACUAUGCACUGUGACGUGGAUCAGAAAGAUGCCGUGGACCAUGUGCAUGAGGCCAUCUUCCAAGUAUGUGGGGGCAAAGGAAGUGAACGUAUAGAUCAUGGCUUGAAUGCCGUUGACCGGGAAGAUUUAAUCGUGGGACUGAAAGAGCGCAAUAUAGGCCUAACUCUGUGUCCGCAUGCAUACCACCGCCGCCAAGCGACCCAUAUAUUAUUUCCUAAGAUCCGGAAGUUGUGGGACGAAGGUGUCAAGAUUUGUAUCAACAGCGAUGAUCCGACGUAUAUGCAUAACGUGUGGAUUGACGGGAAUAUGAUGAAGGUGUACGAGUAUUGUCAGUUUUCGAAGGCUGAUAUGGCCCAACUGGUUCGGAAUGCGGUGGAGGUAAGCUGGGCGGAGGAGGAAGUGAAGGAAGAAAUUUUGGAGGAGCUGGAAGGGUUUGUCGGUCGCUAA